AUGGAGUCACUUGUUCCACCAUUCGUAUACAACGACUACGUUAAGGCACUGGGAGAUGGCAACCUGGAUGACUGCUACAAGAUCCUGAACUCAGUCUUUGGCAAGAUCAGCACGGAGGAGGCAGCGUAUCUCGCGGCCUAUAAGAUUCGAGACAGAUUGAACGGAAAGCACCAACGAGGAGUCCUCUUCGUGGACGUCCUCUCUGGAAAGACGUUCUUCAUGGAGCAGCGUAGACGCGAUUCAGGGGAGAAGGGCGGCAAGAACCGCAUUCUGCUGGUUCCAAAUGGAUUCCUGAAUCUCUACAAGUUCUUCGGAUACUCGCUCUACCUGGUUGAUCUGAUGGUCAGUACGUCUUCCUAUGCAUCGGAAAUCAGGGCAGUUGAAAGUGCACUGAUUGGUGGCAAGACAUUCAAGGGAGCAAAUGUCACAAUCAACGUCGAGUCACGGGAGUUGCCAGUCUGCAAGAUUCUCACCUACAAGUAUUUCGUGUACACGGUGUUCUCAAUGGAAGUAUGUGGGCUGCCAAGCACAACGAUAAAGAAGACAAUUGCGGCAUUGAGGGAGAAAAUGUUCGAAGUGCAGAACUCAGUCAUCCUCAUCAGGAAGGAAGUGGACAUCUUGGGAUACCUGAAUGUAGUGGUACUAAGCAAUAAAAAGUAA